GCGCGUUCGGAGGUGCGCGGCAGCGCGACGGAAGAGGACCCGGCCGGGGCUCGGGAGAGCGCGCGUGCGCCGUCGCGAGCUCGGCGCUGCCGGGGCCGCCGUGCGGGAGCGGGUGGGAGGCCGCCGUGCGGGCCGCGGGGAUGUUCCGAAAGGCCCGGCGAGUGAACGUGCGCAAGCGGAAUGACUCGGAGGAGGAGGAGCGAGAGCGCGAUGAGGAGCAGGAGCCGCCGCCGUUGCUGCCGCCGCCGGGCGCUGGCGAAGAGCCGGGCUCCGGCGGCGGCGACAGGGCCCCCGGGGGGGAGGCGCUGCUGGGCCCGGGGCUGCCGCCGCCGUCUGCGCUGACCGCGGGUGGGGCCGAGGCGGGGGGCUGCUUCCCGGGCGGCGCGGAACCCGGCAACGGGCUGAAGCCGCGCAAGAGGCCGCGCGAGAACAAAGAGGUGCCCCGGGCCAGCCUGCUGAGCUUCCAGGACGAGGAGGAAGAAACUGAAGAAGUUUUCAAAGUGAAGAAAUCAAGUUAUAGCAAAAAGAUAGUGAAAUUACUUAAGAAAGAAUAUAAAGAAGAUCUGGAAAAAUCGAAGAUUAAGACAGAAUUCAACUCAUCAGCUGACAGUGAACCACCUUUGGACAAAGCAGGACAUGUCAAGGACACCGGUCAGGAAGACGGAGUGGUUAUUAGUGAGCAUGGUGAAGAUGAGAUGGACGUGGAGAGUGAGAAGGAGGAAGAAAAGCCAAAGGCUGGUGGAGCUUUUUCUAACGCGUUGUCAUCUUUGAAUGUUCUCCGUCCAGGAGAGAUCCCAGACGCGGCCUUCAUCCACGCCGCCAGGAAGAAGCGGCAGAUGGCCCGGGAGCUGGGCGACUUCACUCCCCACGACAGCGAGCCUGGCAAGGGCCGCCUUGUCCGAGAAGACGAGCACGAUGCCAGUGAUGACGAGGACGACGAUGAGAAACGCCGGAUAGUGUUUUCUGUGAAGGAAAAGUCUCAGAGACAGAAGAUUGCUGAGGAAAUAGGUAUUGAGGGGAGCGAUGACGAUGCCUUAGUCACUGGGGAGCAAGACGAGGAGCUCAGCCGCUGGGAACAGGAGCAGAUAAGGAAAGGAAUUAACAUCCCUCAGGUUCAAGCAAGCCAGCCCCCUGAAGUGAACAUGUACUACCAGAACACUUACCCAGCAGUGCCUUACGGCUCGUCCUACGGCAUUCCUUACAGCUACUCAGCCUACGGGUCAUCUGAUGGCAAAUCUCAAAAACCAGAUAACACAGCCCCUUUCAAAACUCCCAGUAAUGAGAUGACUCCCGUUACUAUUGAUUUGGUAAAGAAACAGCUUAAAGACAGGUUGGACUCCAUGAAAGAAGUGCACAAAACAAAUCGGCAGCAGCAUGAGAAACAUCUGCAAAGCCGCGUGGACUCCACCAGGGCCAUCGAAAGAUUAGAAGGGUCUUCUGGGGGUAUUGGUGAACGGUAUAAAUUUUUGCAAGAAAUGCGAGGGUAUGUCCAAGACUUGCUUGAGUGUUUCAGUGAAAAGGUGCCACUGAUUAAUGAACUUGAAUCAGCAAUACAUCAGCUGUACAAACAGCGAGCUUCCCGCCUUGUCCAAAGACGACAAGAUGAUAUUAAAGAUGAAUCUUCGGAGUUUUCAAGCCAUUCAAAUAAGGCUCUAAUGGCACCAAAUCUCGACUCCUUUGGACGGGACCGGGCCCUGUACCAGGAGCACGCAAAGCGGCGCAUUGCGGAGCGGGAGGCCAGGAGGACUCGUCGUCGACAAGCCAGAGAGCAAACCGGAAAGAUGGCAGAUCACCUUGAAGGCCUUUCUAGUGAUGACGAAGAAACUUCUACAGAUAUUACAAAUUUCAAUCUGGAGAAAGAUCGCAUUUCAAAGGAGUCCGGCAAGGUUUUUGAAGAUGUCCUGGAGAGUUUCUGUUCAAUCGACUGCAUUAAAUCCCAGUUUGAAGCAUGGCGUUCAAAAUACUACAUGUCCUACAAGGAUGCUUACAUUGGCCUUUGUCUGCCAAAGCUGUUCAACCCCCUCAUAAGGCUGCAGCUUCUCACCUGGACUCCUCUGGAGGCCAAAUGUCGGGACUUUGAGAACAUGCUGUGGUUCGAGUCCUUGCUGUUCUAUGGUUGUGAAGAGCGAGAGCAGGAGAGAGACGAUGUGGACAUUGCGCUGCUGCCCACCAUUGUGGAGAAGGUGGUUCUCCCGAAGCUCACAGUGAUAGCUGAAAAUAUGUGGGACCCCUUUUCUACAACACAGACUUCAAGAAUGGUGGGGAUCACAUUAAAGUUAAUAAACGGAUAUCCUUCUGUAGUGAAUGCAGAAAACAAAAAUACACAGGUGUACCUAAAAGCACUUUUAUUGAGAAUGAGAAGAACUUUAGAUGAUGAUGUAUUCAUGCCCUUAUAUCCCAAAAAUGUCUUAGAAAAUAAAAACUCUGGGCCUUACUUGUUUUUUCAGCGACAGUUUUGGUCCUCAGUUAAGCUAUUAGGGAAUUUUCUUCAAUGGUAUGGCAUUUUCUCCAAUAAAACUCUUCAGGAGUUAUCAAUAGAUGGUUUAUUAAAUAGAUAUAUUCUCAUGGCUUUUCAGAAUUCAGAAUAUGGAGAUGACAGCAUCAAAAAAGCCCAAAAUGUAAUCAAUUGUUUCCCGAAGCAGUGGUUCAUGAAUCUGAAAGGAGAAAGAACUAUUUCUCAGUUAGAAAACUUCUGUCGCUACCUGGUACACUUAGCAGAUACAAUUUAUAGAAAUAGCAUCGGAUGCUCUGAUGUGGAAAAGAGAAAUGCAAGGGAAAACAUAAAGCAGAUAGUGAAACUCCUUGCAGGUGUCCACGCUCUGGAUCACGCCAUGUCUGUCGCGGCCGAGCACAAUGUGAAGGAGCUGAAGUCCCUGCUGGAAGGGAAAUCGACCUGAGACGAGCAGCUGCGCUUUCGUACCAUUCCUGAUGUGUAAAGUCUGUACAUAUGUAAAGUUUCUCGACCUGUAAAAUAGUGGUUCUCGUUUUAAUACAAAGAACAUUAUUAACAUCCAGUACUGUGUCCUUAAAUGCGAUUUCUUCAGAAUGAGAGGAAUUCAGAUUAUUUCCAGGAAGUAUGUGAAUGUUUUCCUCACUGCCUGUCAUACUUUGUUUACAGAAGUAUUUUAUAUGGUUAUUCCAGUUAGCUCUCAGUUAAUUGUUUUUUACUCUGUAAACAACGUGUGCAGUGUAAAUUGUGUAAUUAUGCAUAUAUAUUUAUACCACCAUGGAGUCACUUUCACACUGGGAAUUUGUGGUGUUUUUCUAUAGAGGAAACCUUUUAACAGCAGAAAAUUAUUCGGUAGCAGGUUGUCUUAGAAACAUUGCUCCACUGUUGCAGCAAAGGGCUGGCAAGGGGCUGAGUGCUCCUCACCCGGGGUUAGCACUGCCGCCCUGCGGCUGUGCUGCCGUCCAGCUGGGAGCAGCGUGGACUCAACCACGGGCCGGAGGCGCGCUUCCUGCCCGGAGUUCCACGUGAGUUCUGAGACAUGCAGCGUAGGUGUGCGAAAGGAACAUAGACGUUUAAUUUUUUAAAAUAAUAGACCCACAACCUAACUGCAUGGUUUGGGGCUGGCUUUCCUGUCUCAUUCAUGACUUUAUUCCCUGACCAGCUUAUAGGUACAUGCAUUUGAAUUUCGUAGUUUGCUGUAUUUGAAAUCCCACAUAUGUGAGUUACAUAUGCAAUAAAGAAUGCGCCUUGCUGAUCGGCCGACACACCCAGGCAGUCAAAUCUCCACGGUCUGUAAUGUUUAUACACAUUGUAAAUACUCAGAACUUGUUUUAAAGUUUAUGCUUUCUGAUUCUGAUUUUCAAAAGAGGAACUUUUUGGAAAUUAAGGACUAUUGUUUGAUAAUUAUAUAUGUAAUUAAGCUUUAGCCAAGCAUUAAAUUAAUUUUCAAUUAUA